UAGAGGCCGUCCCGUUCGUCUUGGUCGUUGUCGCGUAUCCGGAGACGCGCGGCAGCGAUCGAGUUUGCCAGCCAAAGUCUUGGCUCGUGUGCUCCCACUCAGCUUCGUGCGUCAUCUGUUCCAACACGGACAGGCUUGGUGUGCGUCAUCUAGUUGCCGUUUAUAGCUUUGUGCUCGUCAACAGAAUAGGAGUGGCCAUGCUCUCGCCACUUGCGCAUGCUCAAGAAGGCGAGCCUGUCUGGUUUGUGGACUUGCCGCAAUGUCCUCGUACUCGUCCCUCAUCUCUGUGAGCCCCGGCGAGCAGAUCGGUGGGUAUGCGGACCAAGGUGACGACGACGACAUGGCGGCCGCCGCUAACUACCUAUCAUCAUUCUGCUUUGAUUUUGGCGACGAGUAUUCCGUAGGGGAGGCAGCAACAGCCUCCUACCCCUUGCACGGACAGCAGCAGCAGGCGCCGACCAAAGCCGACAGCCACCACAGCGGCCAAGCAGCAAGUAUUACCAGUUCACAGAGAUUCGACAAUAUCAACACGAGCUUGACGAGCAGCGACGCGAGGAGCAAAGGCAGUAAGAUCGCGUUCAAGACGAGGUCGGAGGUGGAGGUGCUGGAUGACGGGUACCGCUGGAGGAAGUACGGCAAGAAAAUGGUCAAGAACAGCCCAAACCCAAGGAACUACUACCGUUGCUCAAGCGAGGGAUGCCGCGUUAAGAAGCGAGUGGAGCGGGAUCGCGACGACGAGCGCUUCGUCAUCACCACCUACGACGGCGUCCACAACCACCUUGCGCCACUGCCGCCGCAGGGAUGCGCCGGAUACUCGCUAUCGCUAGCGCAGACGCGCGUGGACGAGGGGUCAUCACCGCUACCCAUGGAAGGGCGCCGUUGCUUUCUUGACGCCAUGAAGAUGCACGCUGCCGGGAGCCUCGCUGGCUCCUCACCCGUGCCCGCACCGCGCACACUAGAGCGUCAUAACUGAUAAUUGAUAAUAUGUCCAGGAUAUUAUGUGAGACUUUUCUUUUCAAGAACCGGAUAUUAUGUGAGACUGAUUAAUAUACUUUACUUGUUACUAAAA